CAAAUAAAAUAAAAAAUGACUAGAACUUUCUUUGUAGGAGGCAACACUAAAAUGCAAGUUACACUCAAAAAUCUCAAUGAAGUCAUUGAGACUCUCAACAAGGCAGAUUUAGAUAAGAACACUGAGAAGGUCUUGGCUGUACCUGCAAUCUACCUUUCAGAAGCUAAGAACAGAUUGAACCCAGAUAUCGCUGUCUCUGCACAAAACGUAUACGGAAAGAACACUGGUGCUUUCACUGGUGAAAUUGCACCAACCCAAUUAAAGGACUUUGACGUAAAGUGGACACUCACCGGUCACUCUGAGCGUAGACACAUCUUCAAGGAAAAUGACGAUGACGUCGCUCACAGAACCCAAGGUGCAUUGAAUGAAGGUGUUAACGUCAUCUUCUGUAUUGGUGAGAAGCUCGACGAGAGAGAGUCUGGUAAGACUAAGGAAGUCGUCGAACACCAAUUGAACAGCCUCAAGAAGGAUAUUGGCAAUGACUGGUCAAAGAUCGUUAUUGCAUAUGAACCUGUCUGGGCUAUCGGUACUGGUAAGGUUGCAACACCAGAAAUUGCACAAGAAGCACACGCUGAUAUUCGUCAAUGGUUGAAGUCAAACCUCGGCCAAGACGCCGCUGACACUAUUAGAGUUAUCUACGGUGGUUCAGUUUCACAUACCAACUGUGGUGAUUUGUCCAAGCAACCUGACAUUGAUGGUUUCCUCGUCGGUGGUGCCUCAAUCAAGCCUGAAUUCGUUCAAAUCAUCAACUCUAACCGCAAGUAAAGAAUUUCUAACGAAUGAUUUUAAUAAUUCACGUUUAUAUGUAAGAAUUGCAUGAAUCCAUUAGUAAAUAUGA